CAGAUCUUCUUUAAUCCUGUCAUGUCCCAGAUGAGAGACUGCAGGGAUGAUUCUCAUUGCUUUCACAGUCUCUGUCCUGUGCCUGUUUCCCCAGGCUGCGCUGGCUCUGUGGGCGUGCGCACGCUCCUGCCCAGCCUCUUGCACGUGCACGCUGGAGAAGAGCUGCAGUGUGUUGUGUGACCGCUCUGGCCUACCCGACCUGCCCCGGGAGUUCCCUUGUGAAGCGUCCUCCAUCAACCUGGACAAGAACAGCCUUAAGUUCCUGUCUGAGAGGGCCUUUGGUACCCUGCCGUCCCUCAGGUCCCUGUCCCUGGACCACAACAACAUCUCCUUCAUCACCCCUGGGGCCUUCAAGGGUCUGCCCAACCUAGUGGAACUGAAGAUGGCCCACAACGAGUACAUCCGUUACCUCCACACCCGCACCUUCACCGGGCUCAAACGCCUGGUCCGACUGGACGUGGCCGACUGUAACCUCUUCAACAUGCCCGACCGGAUCUUUCUAGAAAACUAUGCUCUGAAGGAACUGUUCUGCUUCCAGAACAACUUCCGAAGGAUUCCCGGAGCUUUCCGCGGGAUGGAGAACCUGACCCACGUCUACCUGGAGCGGAACAAGAUCGAGGCAGUGGCAUAUAACUCUCUCCUAGGCCUGGGGAACCUCAGGUACCUGAACCUCCAGGAGAACCGCAUCAACGUGAUCCACGACCAGUCCUUUCAGGACCUCAUGCGCCUGGAGAACUUCUACCUCAACGACAACCUGCUGUCUGAGCUGCCUCGGGUGGCCUUCAAGGGCCUUAGCCGCCUCAAGAUGCUCAACCUGGGGGGCAACCAGUUCACCAACAUCUCCAAGACCUGGUUCAGCGACCUGGUGGAGCUGGAGGUCCUCUACCUGGACCGCAACCGCCUGGUCUAUAUCGAGGAGGGCUCCUUUGAGAACCUGACCAGUCUGAUCACCCUCCACCUCAACAGCAACAACCUUAGUUCCCUGCCCUUCCCUGUCUUCCAGCCUGUCUACUUCAUCGGACGCCUUUACCUCUUCAGGAACCCCUGGGAAUGUGACUGCUCUCUGGAGUAUCUUAAGGAGUGGAUGGAGAGUUAUAAGUUGGUCCGGGACAUCCCCUGCGCCUCCCCGUCCUCCGUGGUCGGCCUGGAUCUGAGCGAGGUAGUCUUCGCCAGGGUGAAUGGGUCGUGCCUGGAUCCGGGGGAGCUGAACCUGACCACAAUGUCUUCGGAGAUCCUCUCGACCACGGAGAACCGUUUCAACAGCCUGAUCUCCAAGCUGCUCCAGCAGGAGCUCAGGGAAGAGGUGGGGAAUGGGACGGAGAGCCUGAGGAACGGGACUCUGCUGGACGCCGCAGAGGGACUCAGCGCUGGGAUCAAAGGGGCAGACGUCAGCCAAUCACUGGUCUCAUUGUUGGUGAUGUGGUGUGUCUUCUGGAUGACAAUUGGCCAAUCGGAUGUGGAUUUCCUGUUUGGGCAUGUGACUGGGACCUGAGAGAUGGAAGAAUGUGUUUCGUAAAAUUGGGUGAUUUCUUCCCCCAUUGAGAGGAAAGCUGUUUAGAAUGAAGGACGCUACAGACAAGUCAAUCUUGUUUGAGUAUCUGACUGUCCAAUGAAGUCUUGUGGAGUAUGUGAGUUUCCUGCUGAUGAAAACUCACAUUUGUUUGUUGUUCAUCCUUUUUAAAUGAAAGGAAUCAGUAAUACAACAGGUUCAGAUCACAUGGAUACAGGCUGAACUGAGAGGGUGGCUCAUGUAAAACACUGAACUGCUUGAUAUUUGACAGCACAUAUUUGUCUUGUUAGUACAUUCCAUGAAUGUCCAUGAAACCAUGGAUUAUUGCAAUGGUUUAGAUUUCAAUACCUUCCUCGUGUUACAUAACAUUCUCUAAUGAAUGAUAGCAUUCAUAUGAUAUAAUAUUUAAAACACGAAUGUGUUCCCUGUAACAUUAAUAAACAUGAUUCUAAUUCAUAUAAAUGUGUAAAAGUUGACAGGUCAAGUCCUCAGCGCCUUUAUAUUCUCCACAGAUAUUCUCUCAUUCUUCUUGUUUUAAUCAUUCAACUCAGUAAAUGUAGAAUGUGCAGCUUUUCAUAAAUGCAUUAAUCUUCUUACAGCGUGCUCCUCUUUGCCUUGUAAGCCUCUGUCUAGUCUAGCACAAUGUAAUGGAGGGAGUUUAUCAUUACGUUUUGCCUCUUAUGUGUACCUGAUUUCCCUUAUGUAUAUACAGCAUGUUGUUUAGUCAAUAGGGAACAUGAUCAAAAAGACAGAAUGAACUGCAUUCUUUGGGAUGAUCGACAGUACUGUGUUGACUGUCACAUGACAAUGUAUCAAUGGACUAUCAAAGCACUCCCUUUUUGCAUUAGAGUUGUACUGUUGAUGAUGCAGCAUUACAUUUCAUACACAGUCUCUGUGCACAGUAAAUAUGCAAUUUUGCAUAUGGGUGUGCAUAUCAACACCUAUCUUUCUGUUUAAAUAGGUACAACUAUCCAUGAUUUGAUAUGUAUAGAAACACAUGUUUCCUAUGAACACAAUGUUUGCUAAAUACUGCUUGCCAAACCAGUGAUUUAGUUAAAUGGUGUUCGUUGGCAUAAUAUAAUGAUUAAUAUUGACCUUACUCCUUCACAGAGCAAUGUCUACUAAACUCUUAACACACAACCUUACUCCUACACAUGAUUUAGGGCUUAGAUUCAAUCUGUUUCGAGGAAGAGCCUUGUUAUAGCACAAUGAAAGUGUAAAGGUCAUUAUCCGAUUGAGCCGACAUAUACAAGGGCACAUUGUCUUUUAAUUUCAAUCACCCUAUAGCGCCGAUCUUUCACGCUACGGAUCUAAUCUAGGUCUUAGAUUUACGUCCAACAGUUUGAACUCUGACCCUGAUUCGAUAAGGAUGUCCUUUUAGCCGAGUGGAAACGUCAACCCACCCGGUGAAGUAAUGGUGAAUCUGCUGUUAAUGUGAGAUGAGGUCUAUAUGGGCGACAAACUCCUGUUAUGGGCUGGACGCUGCAAGGCCAUGGUGUCAUAUUAGAUUUACUUUAUGUAUUAUUACCAUGUAUUAUAUAAUGCAUUAAUGUAUUUAUUUAAUGUAUUAAUGUUGGUGUUAUUUUUUAAAUUAUAAACUGCUGAGAUUAUAUUUCUCAAUUUUUGUAUUUGGACUGAACCACUAGGGAACUGGAUGAGGAGGGUGAUGGUGUGGUCUGACCGUGAUCAUGAUAAUGAGCUAGGUGGAGUUUUCUCCAUUUUACUUGCAACCGUCCAGCUCUUUCUGAUCUAACCCUAAGGGGUCUUCAAAAAGUGUCUAAAGUUUAGAGGUUAACUGGGAGUGAACGUGUGAUAGAGAUGAACUGGGCUUAAAGUAGAAUGGUUAGACGCUGCUUGUGAACCUGAAUAAACAUCAU